AUGGAAUACCAGAGACUAUCAUAUCGGACAACGGUCCACAAUACGCUAGUUCAACAUUUCAGGACUUUGCGAAAGACUGGAUUCAAUCACUCAACCAGUAGCCCUCAUUACCCUCAAGGGAAUGGGAAAGCUGAGAGAGGAGUUCAGACAAUGAAACGUCUACUUAGUGGCUCUCAAGAUCCGUAUCUAGCAUUGCUAGCAUAUCGUGCUACGCCGUUACGGAACGGUUACAGUCCUUCCGAACUACUAAUGGGCCGGAAGCUCCGUACAACUCUUCCGGAGAGUCCAGCUAAUCUCUCUCCUAAGUGGCCAGAUCUUGAGUAUGUUCGAGACAAGGAACGGAUAGAUCGAACAUCCCAAAGACACCACUUUGAUCGAUCACAUCGCACAGUUCAACAUCCGGAACUACACCCUGGAGAAACAGUGUGGGUGAAGGGACCCGGUGGAGGGUUCAGUGGAACGAUCACUAAGUCAAUGAAUGAUCGCUCAUACUUCGUCAGUACACCGUCAGGUCAGAUUCGUCGGAACAGGAGACAGCUGGUCCAAGCUCCAGCUAUGAGGGCGGACAACCCGCACACCAGUGCCGGAUGCGGAGACCUUCCCAGUGAUGUGAAGGAACCAAAUGCAGAGACUAUGUAUAAUACCCCAGUAAAGGCUCCAAAGCCAGCUGGGUCUCCAAAGUCAAAGACUGUGUCAAAUGCAUCUGUUCAUGUCAGUAAUAGUUCAGAGAUAGGUGUAGGUUCUAGAAGUGAUAACGUGAUCACUACUCGCUCAGGCAGAGUCUCGGUUGCUCCAAACCGGAUGGACUUGUGA